GUCUCGAAUUCGAGAUCAUGAAGACCGGUAUAAAGCGGACGAAGCGAAGCAAAGCUUAUUAGUUACUUGCGGAAAAAGAAAAGGCUUAUCAGCCAACCUAAACCUAGCCAUCUCUGCCUCCUCUCAUCUCACUUAGAAGGAAAGAUGACUGCAGAUGUCGAGAUGAAGGAGGUUCAGACGCUGUCUAAUUCUGUCGUACCUGCCGCUGCUCCUUCCGCUCUUCAACAUUUGAAGGAGAUCGCUGCCCUAAUUGAGACUGGUGCGCAGGCCAAAGAGGUUAGGCGUAUCGUGCGGGCCAUACGUCUUACGAUGAUGCUUCGCAGGAAGCUGAAGGCGCCGGUGGUGUCUGCUUUUCUUGGUCAUGUCCUAACUGCGGGGUCAGAAGCUUUUGCUAAGCUAUCUUCGUUUCUCCCUAAGGAAAAUGAGAAUGACAUGGAGGUGGAUACAACAGCUUCAUCAGUCCAAACUACUGCCAAGCAUUCUCUUCCAGACAUAGAAGUUUAUUGUUACUUGUUAGUUCUCAUAUUUCUGAUUGAUCAAAAGAGAUAUGAUGAGGCUAAAGCAUGUUCUUCUGCAAGCAUUGCUCGACUAAGGAACAUCAACCGAAGAACUGUGGAUGUUAUAGCUGCCCGUCUGUACUUCUAUUAUUCAUUCGCUUAUGAACUCACCAAUAGCCUUGCUGAAAUUCGUGGGACCCUUCUUGGUUUGCAUAGGAUGGCUACCUUACGACGAGAUGAAUUGGGUCAGGAAACCCUUCUGAAUCUUCUACUUCGCAAUUAUCUCCAUUACAAUUUGUAUGAUCAGGCAGAGAAGCUGAGGUCAAAAGCACCACGUUUUGAAGCACACUCAAAUCAACAGUUCUGCCGUUAUCUGUUCUACCUUGGAAAGAUACGGACAAUUCAGUUGGAGUACACAGAUGCCAAAGAGAGUCUCUUGCAAGCUGCUAGGAAAGCACCAGUCUCUGCUCGUGGCUUUCGAAUCCAGUGCAGCAAGUGGGCUAUUAUUGUCCGCUUGCUGCUUGGUGAGAUCCCUGAUAGGACUGUUUUCAUGCAGAAAGGCAUGGAAAAGGCAUUGUCUCCAUAUUUUGAGCUUACUAAUGCUGUUCGAAUUGGAGAUUUGGAGCUAUUUCGAACUGUUGCAGAGAAGUUUUCCAGGACUUUCAGUUCAGACAAGACUCACAAUCUAAUUGUCCGAUUACGCCACAAUGUUAUACGGACUGGAUUACGCAAUAUUAGCAUAUCAUACUCCCGGAUUUCCCUUGCUGAUGUAGCAAGAAAGCUGAGAUUGGACUCCCAUAACCCUGUGGCUGAUGCGGAGAGCAUUGUGGCCAAAGCCAUUAGAGAUGGGGCAAUAGAUGCAACCAUAGAUCAUGCUGAUGGAUGGAUGGUAUCCAAGGAAACUGGGGAUGUCUACUCAACCAACGAACCCCAGAUUGCAUUCAAUUCCAGGAUCGCCUUCUGCCUCAAUAUGCACAACGAAGCUGUGAGAGCUCUGAGGUUCCCGCCAAACUCCAACAAGGAAAAGGAAAGUGAAGAGAAGAGACGGGAGAGGCAGCAGCAAGAGCAGGAGCUUGCUAAGCACAUAGCCGAGGAGGAUGAUGAUGAUUUCUAAGCAAGUCAAUAGUAAUUCAGAUGCUAUAGGGGACCAUGCUUUUGAAAUUGCAGUAACUGAUAAGAUUGCGUUUUAUUUUUUCUUCUCAAUUUGUCAUAUUUUGAGAAUGCAAGCUCCAGAAAAUCCUGAAUUCUCAUUUCAUGCCACUCAAUGAUGCUUCCUUCAACUGCAAGGCACUGUGAUAAAUCUAUGUUUUAGUUAACCUCCUUAUUACAUUUGACUUGAACAUCUUUUAAAUCAGGUUGUUCAGUAAUGAUAUUCAUUGCAUUAGAUGGUUUCAUAUUA